AUGUCGACUGAACUCUGCCCUGCCUAUGCUCCCUUCUUCGGCGCGAUGGGCUGCACGUCAGCUAUCGUCUUCGCCUGCUUCGGCGCCGCCUACGGAACUGCCAAAGCCGGUGUUGGUGUUUCCGCCAUGGGUGUCCUCCGCCCUGACCUGAUCGUCAAGAAUAUUAUUCCCGUCGUCAUGGCUGGUAUCAUUGGUAUCUACGGUCUCGUCGUGUCCGUGCUUAUCUCCAACGGCUUGAGCCAGCACUCUUCGCUGUUCACCAACUUCAUUCAACUCGGCGCUGGUCUUUCCGUCGGUCUGUCGGGUAUGGCGGCUGGUUUCGCCAUCGGUAUUGUCGGUGACGCUGGUGUACGAGGAACUGCCCAGCAGCCCAGGUUGUUCGUCGGAAUGAUCCUGAUUCUUAUUUUCGCUGAAGUCUUGGGUCUUUACGGACUCAUCGUUGCCCUGCUCAUGAACUCCAAGGCUGGUGGUGCCGAUGAGUGCUAG